AUGCGUCGGGCGGCUGCUUGGCUCCGGGCGCGCGCCCCCCUCUUCCUCCUCUUCCUCCUGGGCGCAGACUUGGGGUCGCCGUCCCCGCCCGAGGGCCCUGGGGGGCCCCCGGGCGGGCGGCGGGACGAGCCGCCCAGCGUGGUGGUCGCCAUCCUGGCGCGCAACGCCCAGCACUCGCUGCCCCAUUACUUGGGGGCCCUGGAGCGCAUGGACUACCCCAAAGAGCGCAUCUCCAUCUGGUGCGCCACGGACCACAACAUCGACAACACGACGGAGAUGCUGCAUGAGUGGCUGACUGCGGUGGAAAGCCAGUAUCGGGACGUGGUGUUCAGAUCCGUCGAGGAGCCCAGUUCUUAUCCCGAUGAACUUGGGCCCAAGCACUGGACCAGCGAACGCUUCGAACACCUCAUGAGGCUUAAGCAAGAUGCCCUCGACUUUGCUCGCUCUGAAGAGGCCGACUACAUUCUGUUCGCCGACACGGACUGCAUCCUGACGGACAACCAGACGCUGAGGUUCCUGAUCGCGCAGAACCAGUCGGUGGUCGCGCCCAUGCUGGAGUCCCAGACGUAUUACUCGAACUUCUGGUGCGGGAUCACUCCCCAGGGUUAUUAUCGCCGGACGGCCGACUAUUUCCCCACCAAGAACCGGCAACGCCUCGGAUGCUUUGCGGUUCCCAUGGUGUAUGCCACUUUCUUGAUUGACCUGAAGAGAGGCGACACUGCCGGCCUGGCCUUUCACCCUCCCCACCCCCAGUACACCUGGCCGUUCGAUGACAUCAUCGUCUUUGCCUACUCCUGUCAAGCCACAGGAGCCCAGAUGUAUUUGUGCAACACGCGGCAGUUUGGGUUUAUCAAUGUGCCCAUGAAAUCGCACGAGAGCCUGGAGGACGAGCGCAUCAACUUCGUACACCUCAUCCUGGAGGCGAUGGUGGAUGGACCUCCAAUGCUCCCCUCCAGACAUGUCUACCUGCCACCGAAGCAACCUACCAAAAUUGGGUUUGAUGAGGUUUUCCUCAUCAACUUGGUGCGGCGCCCAGACCGCAAGGAGCGCAUGCUUGCUGCGCUCCUGGAACUGGAGAUAGACUCCGUGGUGGUUCCCGCCGUGGACGGAAGCGCCCUGAACAGCAGCGACAUCAAGAAACUGGGCGUGGACCUCCUCCCGGGCUAUUACGACCCUUUUGCCGGAAGGACCCUCACCAAGGGGGAGGUUGGCUGCUUUCUGAGCCACCAUCGAGUGUGGCAAGAGAUAGUCGCACGGGGACUGGAGAGGUCGAUCGUGUUGGAGGAUGACGUGCGCUUCGAGGCUUAUUUCAAGAAGCGGCUGCUGAGGUUGAUGGCCGAAGUGGAGCAGGUGCAGCUGGACUGGGAUCUGAUCUACCUGGGCAGGAAACAAGUGAACUCGGAGGACGAGGCGCCGGUGGAGGAUGUGCGAAACCUGGUGGUACCCGAAUAUUCCUACUGGACUCUGGCUUACGUCAUCUCACAGCAGGGGGCCCAGAAGCUGCUUGAUGCCCAGCCGAUCUCCAAAAUGCUGCCAGUGGACGAGUUCCUGCCCAUCAUGUAUGACAAGCACCCCAAUGAGGAGUACAAAAAGCACUUCAGCCAGCGAGACCUGCGGGCUUUCUCUGUGCAUCCCCUCCUGGCCUACCCAACCCACUACACCGGCGACGCGCAGUGGAUGAGUGACACGGAGACCUCCACCAUCUGGAACGAUGACUCGCAGAAGACAGACUGGAGCGGCUCCCAGAAGACGCUGAAGGAUGUCCGUGUCCCGAGGGGGACGUCCGGCCAAUCCUUUCACCCCACAUCUAGGGAUGAGCUAUAACACCUGCCCAGUCCGUCACCUGGCCCCUCACGAAGAAGAUGAAAGAUCUGGGCUAAAUUUCCCCAUUCUCUGCCUUCUCUCCGGACACCCUUUUCUUGAGAUGCUUGAACAAAGAGGGGACUGUGAGCAGAAAACGCUUCGAAGGCCGGGAUGUGCUUUCCCAUCGGCUCUAGAAUCUCCCAAGGUGUUUUUCCGCCCGAACCAGAUGGAACUUUUCCCUUGCGGCCUCUUAGGAACAAAUCUCGAUUCACAAACACGACAGAAUGGCUCUGUGAAGGCCAUGACCUCGGAUCCCUUUGGAUGUUUCUUCUCCUCUUUAGCCCACCUGGGUAGCCACUUUGGACAAAUAUUUGCUGAGAGAGCAACCCAACCUUCCAGCUUCAUAUGAACUCUGGUUUGGAUAAAUUAUUCGUCCUGCUUCGGAUUAGGAGCUUUCUGCUCCCUUUGACUGCCUUGAACACUACGAACAGAUGGGAUUUUCCAUGCCAGCCAGUCACAGGACAACACAGGACUCCUUGGACUUAAAGACUGUGAUUCUGGACAAGGAUGGAGCAAAAAUUAAGCUUUCAUCUCCGGUUCUCUCGCUUCACCUGGAGUCAACGCAGUCACCUGAAUGGUGGUUUUAAGUGGGAUAAGCCAACUGUGUUGCAAAUUAAACACACACUCGUAUUUAAGUUUAUUGAA